AUGGCUCAACAUAACAUAUUUGACACCAAGGGAACGAAGGGUAAGAGAAAGAAAAACAUCAUAAGAACAAAAAAUAGUAAAGGGAGAAUUCCUGUGCCAAAAGAGACCAGUGAAAGAUAUAAAAGCAUUUUAGAUUAUUAUAUAAAAGAGAAAAAAACAAACAAAUUUAUUGACAAGAGGAAAGGUAAAAAUUUGCAUAAAAGCAGUAGAAAACGUGAAAAGAAAAGAAUUUUUAAUUUAAAUGAUGAUUCAAAUUUAAUUGAUAAGCAUAUUAGCACAAAUUUUGAUAAUCCCACUAGUGACAAUUCCGGGAGUUCCGGAAGUAACAGUGGGAAAUUACGUGGUAGGUUAAAAGAUAACCGGAACAGUAAUACUAAAAAUAGCUAUUUUCAAAAAAAGAUCGAAAAAAAAAAAUUAUGGAAAAUUAAGAAUUACGGAAUAAAUGAUAAGUUACUAAAAUUUGACGCACAUUUUGAUGACAUUAGAAGGAGUGUCCUUUGCGUAAAUAACAAUAUUAGUAGUGAAAUAAAAAAUGGGGAUUUGGAGAAUAGAAGAGGGGAAAAAAUAAAUGAUAUUAACGUUACACAUAACACUGAACAAGUAGAAAAACUUAGUGUACACAGCAAAUGUAAGCAUACCGAGCCAGUUGGUGAGAACACAUAUACAAGUGUAAACAGGAAGGGAAAAGAUCGACUAUUGGAUUUAGAUAAAUACUCAAACAAAAAAAUUUAUGAAAAGAGAAAUAAAGUUAUUAUAGUGAACCAGAGAGUGGUGAGUACUAAUGGGCAUGAUGGUAGGAUAGAACAUGGUUCCAAGAUCUCUUCUGUAACAGAACAUGAAAAAAGGUGUACUCCACAUGUAGCAAGUGAAGAAGAAUUUCAUACGAAUAAGUUAAUUAAUGCGAAAAAGGAAGAGAGUGGUAAAAUUGGCUUGUCUGAUAAAGAAGGAAAAAAUGAAGAUAAUUACAAAUGCGCAAAGGGAAAUUCGUUCUGUUAUAUUUCGGACGAGAGUGACAAUGAAAUUAUUGAGGAAAUAUUUAAUUAUAAUUCAAUUCCAAUCAAUACAACAGAAACUGUUGAUAUUCCAAAAGACGAAAUAGAUGGAGUAUUAGAAAGAUUUUUAAUGGACGGAAAUAAUAAAGUUAGCAGCUAUUUUAUUAACGAUUUAAAUGAAGAAAAAAAUAAAUUACCUAUCUCUAUUUGUAUUGAAAAUAAAGUAUAUGAGCUGAAAGAUAUGGUACAACUGAUGGAUAGACAUAAUUUUUGUUCACAAAAAAAAUUAUUAUAUAGAAUAUACUAUUUAAAUGUAUUUAAUAAUGAAAAGAAGAAAAGGAGCAUAUCUCAUGGGUCUCUCUUUUUUUCCUUAUUGGAUUAUUGUGUACUAAAUAUAUAUAAAUGUUUAAGGCAUAACUUAAAAUUAUAUAAUCUUUUCCAAAAUUACAAAGACAUAAUUUUACUGUUUUGUCAUAGUAUGAAAAAAGAAGUUUAUUUGUAUAUUUCAUUUUUAUUGUUAAUUACAUUCUGCAAAACUGUGAAAGGCGAAAAUAAAUAUAAUGAAUUUUAUAAAAAUAAAAAAAGAGUUUUGAAGGAAUAUAUAGAUUUAAACAAAUGUAAGGCAAAUAAAAAAUAUGAUGUUUAUAUAUAUUCAAGAAUAUUAGAAAGUGCAGAAUUGUUUAAUUCAAUUUUUGAAAAAUAUUACCAAGAUGGUGGUAAUGUAUCGUAUAUGCACUUUUCCAUUUUAUUUUUAGCCUUACUUUUAUACCCAAUAAAUAAAAACAGCACCAAUGCAAAGAUGGCGCAUGGUGAAAGUAAUAAUGAUGAUAAUAUCAAUAAUGAUGAUGAUAUUAACAGUAAUACCACGAAAGGGAAAGAGAGGAACAUAACGCACAACUAUUUUAUAGACAUCAAUAAGCACAAUAAGGACGAUGAAAUCAUUUUGAAUAAGUUUCUUCAUUUGGAAGAGGAUCAUAGCCAUUUGGAGGAGGAGGAGGAAAAAUCAGUAUUCAUUUCCUACAUAACGGAAUUUAUCGAAUAUUUGUUUUACACGUAUUUUUAUUCAAACAAUAGUAAUUUAGUAUGUAAACAAGUUGAACAAAAUUAUGAUUAUAUAUUUAAUGGUAACACAUACGCAGAUGGAACAAGUAUAGAAGAAUGUAUAAGAAAUAUUGAGCAUUCUUUUUCUUUUAAAUGUUUUUCCGAAAAUAUGAAUGAUGAAGAAAUAAAUAAAGAAUUAACAAAAGGUGAGGAUAGUAAAAGAGAAGUAAAAAUGGUAGUUAUAAACCACCACCUUGGAAUAUUUAAAAAAAAAAAAGAGUUAAAGAAUGCCGUGGUGUUGUUAAAUAUAUAUAACAUAAUUUUAGAAAAUAGUAAUAAAAAAUAUAGCCCUGCUUUUUUUUAUUUGUCAUUUAAAAUUUUAAAUACUUUGUUAUAUUAUAUUAUUUAUGAAAAGAAAAAAAAAAAAGAAGUAAAAAAUAGGAGUAAUAAAGAAGACGAACAGAUAAGAAAAACAGGAGAAGAGCGAUAUAGGAAAAACAAAGAUUAUUUAUAUGAAUUAUCAUUUAAUACAUUUAAUAAUUUAAUAUUAUUUUUGAAAGGUUAUAUUGACAAUGAUAUGAAUAUUUACAUAUUGCUAAACCACAUAGUUGUACCAAGCCUAUUUUAUUUGUACGCAAACUAUUUACAUUUCAUAAUUAAAUUUAGCAUAAAAAUUGAUUUUAUGAAUAUUAUUACUAGUAUUCGAAAUUCAACUAUUUCAGAAUCGUUAAAUGCAUAUAAUAAUACUUCUAAAAUAUAUAAUAGUAAAAAAAAAGAAAAAUAUUUCUUUUCCCUACUAUAUAUGUAUAAACUAGUGGAGUAUUCAACGGCAUUUCGUAUUAAGACAGUAAUACACACAAGUAGAAACCAACAGAGUAUUCCUGUAUUUACCCCCAAAUAUGUCAAUAAUAGGAACGCCAAAGACCUUUAUUUUAUGAACAACAAUCAAAGGAAGUUUGCAGAAAUGAAAUCUUUAAAAAAGAAAAUCAAGCAGCAGAAAAAAUUGGAUUACAAUGAGAUGAAGAAGGAGAAUAGUUACCUCAUCGGGCUUAAGGCAAGAGAAGAGCAGGAGAGGGUAAGGAGAAACCGGGAAAAAUACAAAAAAAUAAAAUUGAUGGCAAAGCAGGAUGUUGAAGAAUAUAAUAAAAUGAAGACCUACACGCACUAA